AUGCUAGCAUACGGUCUUACCUUUGACAACCUUGCAUGGUACUACAUCGGCAUGGAGCCUACUGGGGUCGUCGCUUUGCUGCUCCGACGCGGCGGGGACGUUCUGUCCGCGGCGCGGCACGGCGCGGAAACAGAGCUACCGACAGGUGCGUCGCCGGCCCGGAGCUGCGCCUGCAGAGUUCAUCAGGCAGUCACGCGGCGGCUCUCCUCCGCAGGCAGUCGCGCGGCGGCCUCAUCCCCGCCGGCGAGCCUCCGCUCCCCUCCGCCGGUACGCCUCUAUCGCCGGUGGCCUCCCCCUCGGCUGAAAUGCGGUCCUUGUUGCUGGCCAUUGCUGCAGCUGGUGCAGAAAGGUCCGGCGACGGAUGUGGCCGGACGUCCCGUAUCCACAGCGACGAACGCGUCGAACCCGUGGUGGCUGACGUUCGAGAAGGCCAUCGCCUCCGCAGGUGGGGAGCUGUCUAAGCCUGAGAUCCUGUCUUCGACCACGGACUCACGCUUUGCGAGGCAGCUGGGCAUCCCUGCCCUCGGGUUUUCUCCGAUGACCAGUACGCCGAUACUGCUACAUGACCAUAACGAGUUUCUGGAAGACAGAGUGUUCCUGAGGGGCAUCCAAGUGUACGAACAUGUCAUCAGAGCACUAAGCUCGUUCCAAGGCUGAUUCGUAAA